GAUGGAAAAGAUCAGUGAGAAGAUUCACUCCCACGAUUCAUCCUCAGAAUCGGAUUCUGAUCAUGAGAAACCGAGUUGUAGUUCUACAGUUCAGUCUAAGAUUUUUCUGUUGUUUGGAAGGGUGAAGAUAGUUCAUCAUGUGCUUGGCGGUGGAGAACCCGCUGAUGUAUUCUUGUGGAGGAACAAGAAGAUUUCAGCAAGUGUGCUUAGUGGAGCUACUGAUAUUUGGGUCCUUUUUGAACCGAUUGACUACAACCUACUUACUUUAAUCUGUCACGUUUCGAUACUCUGUCUUGCACUAAUGUUCUUGUGGCCCAAUGUUCAUACUUCAUCCACGAGUAAGACUCCACCUUGCAUCCCCGAAGUUUAUUUACCAGAGGAGCCAUUCAUUCAUGUUGCAUCUGCUCUGACGAUUGAAAUUAACCGGGCAUUCAAGCUGCUGCAAGAUGUUGCAUCUGGAAGAAAUCUGAAGUAGUUUCUUAUGGUUAUAGCUGCAUGUUGGGUUCUGUCAACCAUGGGGAGUU